UUUAAAAAAUUAUUAUUUAAUUUGUAAUUUUUGUUAAUUAUUAUACUAAUUUUUCCUUUGAAUAUUAAUGAUUGUAUGGUUGCAUGUUCACAUAUAUUAUUUUUACAGAUAAUUUAUUAAUAAGUUUUUUUUCCUGAAUUUAUUGCUAUGAAUUUUGUGGGUGUAUAUGAAUUUUUAUGUUUUUUUUCCAAUUACUUUUUAUUUAUAUAGGUUUAAUUAUUUAGUUUUAAAAAUUUUUAUAAUGAAUUACUGAUAUUUUUGCUUUAGGGUUCAUUUAUUUGAUCCUUUCUACAGUACGUUUUCUUGAUUUGAUGGGUUUUGGAUCUUGUUUUAUCUGACAGUUCAUCUAUUUUUAUGGAGCAAAUUUUUGUACAAUGAAUUUAGGGCUUCUUGAUACUAAAUAGAAUGUUAUGCUCAUCUUUCUUCUUUCAUACAUAUUCUGAGAUUAAUUUAUUGUAUUCUUUUAAAAAAACAAAAUUAAAUAACAAGGAGUAAUUAAUUACAAUCGUUAGAACUGAUAUAUUAGUUCAUAUAUAGUGUUUGUUUCUUUAGUUGGCUUAAUUUAUGUUGAAAUCUCGAUCCCAAAUUGAAAUGAAGACUCUCACAUUGAUGUUAUCGUUAAAGCAUACAACAAUAAUCAAUCUAAAUAUGUAGAAUUAUUGAGAGAUUGUUGGAGACAAUGAUUAUAGGAGUACUUUAAUAAUAUAAAUCAUUCAUGUGAUAUUACAAAUGGAUUUUCCAUUGGUGAAAAUAAUUAAUUAAGUAAUAAAACAUUUUUGUUGUUGGAAAUUGUAAUUAGUUAAUCCAAUCAAAAUUUUUUUAGGGGUUUUGGACUUUGCACUUUCUACUUUAUUUUGAUAAUGGUUAUCAAUGUAUUUGCACAACACUAUGACCCUAUCUUAGCUUCUACUAGAUCAAAUUUCGUCUAAAGUUCAAGAAAUGAUAAAUUAAUGUUUACAAAUUCUUAAAUGAUCAAUUAUAAUUUAAAAGUCACACUUUUUAUAGUCGAAGUGUGAUCACUUGUAUCUUAAAGUGAUCAAUUAAAAAUGGGCAGAUUGUGAGAUAGUUUCAUGCAAGACGAGCUGAUUAAUAUUUCUUGUUUCUCGUUUAGUUUUUUAGUAUUGAACCAAAUUUUGUUAUGUGUAACAUUGCACAUGAUAAUCUUCCUUUUAUUUGUUAAUUUUGGUUGCUGAACACAUGAAGUCAAAAUUGUUAGACUGCCAUUUACAACUAGCUAGGAGGAUGGAAGGGAUAACAAUGCUAAAGCCUCAUUAAUAUGAAUCGAUAGAUCAUUUUUUAUGAUCGCUAAUUGAAUUCUCCUCCUUCAUUUGUUUUGAUUUCUGUCAUCUCAAGCUAUAAAUCUAAAUAAUUCGUGUGCCCUUUUCCGCUUCUGCCUUCUAGAUCAUUUUCGGUCUUUGUGGCUUUCUUUUUCGAUCCCUAAAUUUCCACUUUCCAUCUUCCUAAUGUGCAUAUCUUGCACAUACAAGAUCAAAUUUCGUUGAGUGUUUAAAUCUAGGAACGUAUCUUUGUGGGUCGUGUAUCUUUAUUGUUGUUUUGAGUAAUGUAGGUUUCAAUCAGUGUGGAUUUCAAGAGUAUGGUACAAAUAAGUUUCCACUUGCUUUCAUUGGGUGAAAAGAAGUGGAUUGCAUAAAAUUAUAGCAUCAAUUCGGACCCUUAAGCAGAUUUUUGUUUUCGUAAAUAAUUAGUUUUCGUACAGUCGACUUUUGAAUAGUUGGAUCUUACAUUGAACGAGGCUUUCGAUUUCAUCCAUUCUCAUGAUGGUUACUUUCUCUUUGUCGCAGGUUUUGAUAUUGAUAUACUCUUUAAAUAUCCAUCCCAAGAUUGUUUGACGAUGAGAGAGAGCACGCUUGUCGACUUUCAUCAACUAAGUGACUGAGUACAUGCGUGCUCUCUGUCAUUGUCAUAUAAUCUAAUGUUGGAAGCACCCGUUUUUAUUUUUCUUUUCCUCGUGCUUGGACAGCGUAUCAAUAUAGCAGAAUACAAACUUGCUCGAUCAGGAUUUUGAUUUUAAAUUGGCUGCUGUUUGGUGUUUUUGUUUCAAUAAGCUUGUCAUCAUCUUCAACCCAACAUGGUCAGGUGGGAGAAGAUGACAGACAAUCCAUACCCGUACUUCUAGGUGAAUGUGGUCGAUUUUACCCCCAAAGGUAAGAGCCUCGUGUAAAGAGGAAUUUGAGGGACAUCGUUGCCUCAAGAUUAGAACUAUUUGCCCGUCAUUGUUAAAUUUGAUCAAGUAUUAUUGUUGUAGGGUUCUAUGAAUACAACCAUUAAGAGACUUGGUUUGUGCUGCCUGUGGAUUUGUUUGAUGCUUCCUCAAUUUUUUUUUUGCCUUUGAACUAUCUUUGUGUUAUCUGUGUCUACUCCCCAUACAACAUACUACGCAGAAUUUUUCUUAUGAUUCAUGGUAAGUGUAAGAGUUCGAUAGAUAUCAUAACAAUAGGUUGGGCCGGAUUGUUAAAAUUUUUCCGCUGGUAUUAGUUUCACGCAAGGAUUAGUACAUGUUUAUAAAGGAUAAUAGGUAGUUCGUUGGUAUUCAAUAUUUUUGUCACUAUUUAUUCGUCACACCUACUUGGUUUUACUAGUCCCGAAUUGCAUUAAUAAACCCUAGGCGUCUAGCACAGCUGCGUUUCUUAGUUUGUUAGGCUUGAACUUUUUAUAUCAUCAAUUGAGCUUCUGUUUGCCCUCAUUAAUUGUACCUUAAUGGAGUAUAGUAAAAUGUCUGUACUUACUAAUGAUGUUUAAUUUCUUAUUAAGGGUUAAUUGGAUACCAUCUAUCUCAAGGGUAAGGUUGCAUAUAUCUGAUCACACGUUGGAGCCACAUUAGGGUUACGGAAUAUUUUAGUGCUUGUAUGUUAAAUGUUUUUAGGAUUUCAGGUUGCACCGUAUAAAUGUUAUUGUGGAGGUUUGUUUGGCUUAUGAUUGAUGCCUUCAUACAUGUCAGGCUGCAAAAUUAGAGUUCAUUCUUGUCCAAAGCUCAAUUAUUGUGUCUAACAUUCAUGUGGGUAUGUUACAUUUUAGUUGUUUGUACAUCUCAGUUCGAAUUGUUGACUGCUCCUAUUCUUUUUUGUUUUGGGAAAAUUGGCUGCAUAUGUGUGUUUACCGGUGUAUGUCAUUUUGUGUACAGACGACCACCUCAGAUCGUGGUGUUGGCGUGGUUCAGAGUCGUAGACAAAGAUUGAUCUCAGAUUCUCACCACAGGGCGUGCUGAACAUUUUUCUAAGAACACAAUCCAUGAAGUGUCAGGGGCGAUGUAAACCUAUUGGAACGGAGGCACUGCCUAAAGGCAUUAUUUCGAGCACAUCUGACUUGGAAAUGCGACCAUUAUGGGGCACUCCAGUGAAGAAGAAAUCAGAUAAGAACUUAUUGGCUAUGGCUGUCGGUUUGAAGCAUGAAGAACGCGUUGAUAAAAUCGUGAGGAAGUUUAUGGGAUACAAUUUUGUCGUCAUGCUUUUUCAUUACGAUGGAAAUGUGGAUGACUGGAGUGACUUUAAGUGGAGCACUCGAGUUUUACAUGUCGUUGCUGCCCAUCAAACUAAAUGGUGGUUUGCAAAGCGUUUCUUACAUCCUGAUAUUGUUUCACAAUACUCGUACAUUUUCCUUUGGGACGAAGACCUAGGAGUUGAAAACUUCAAUGUUCAACGGUACUUAUCUGUCAUUAAGAAAGAAGGACUACAGAUAUCACAACCUGCCCUUGAUCAGGAAAAAUCAGAGGGCCAUCGCGUACUUGUGCACAGGAGAAUCGACAAGGUCCUUCCUGGGGGAAGAAAGUGCAACGAAAAUAGCACAGAACCUCCUUGUACUGGGUGGGUGGAGAUGAUGGCUCCGGCUUUCUCAAGAGCAGCAUGGCGCUGUGCGUGGUAUAUGAUCCAGAGCGACUUGGUUCAUGAAUGGGGAGCGGAAUUCCAGCUUGGUUACUGUGCUCAGGGUGAUAGAACUAAAUACAUUGGCAUUGUUGAUUCCGAUUAUGUAGUGCACUAUGGCCAUCCUACUCUGGAGGGUACUGCACAGAACGAGGUAACAUUUACGACAAUAUUUUGUUUUCUACAUCACAAAAGGACCCUUCAAUGGUUCACAUUUGCCAUUACUUUUGAUGAUAAUUCAUGCAGACUGAUGCUAAGGCCUCUAGUCUUGAAGCCCCUAAAAAUAGGGGUGAAAGUUUGGUUUUGGUUUGGAUUCGAUACAAAUCCAAAUCAAACCGAAUAAAAUUCGGUUUUGAUAUUUUCAAUCCAAAUUCAAAUUAUAAUAUUUAUAAUCCAAAUUGUACCGAACCGAUUUUUAAAAUACCAAUCCAAAUUGAACCGAAUAGAUCGAAUUGCACCGAUUUGUAUAUUUUGCACCGAAAAUCAAAUUCGCAUGUAUUAUUUCAAACUUAUUCUUUCUAAAGCUCCUAAAUAAAUAUUAAUAAUUUUAGGGUUUUUAAUUUGAACAAAAAACUUUUAACAAAAUUCUAAAAAUAAGGGCAAAAAUUUAAACAAACAAAUGGAUGAUAUAAAAUGCCUUUAAAAUUUCGGUUUUUUCAAUUUUCUUGGACCCUAGACCGAGUCCAAACCGAACAUCGAAUUAGAAUUAAAAUUCAGUCCAAACCAAACCAAAUUUAAAAUAUAGUCAAACCAAAUUACUUAUUCGAUUUGGUUUGGUUCGGUGUUCGGUUUUUCACCAAAUUACUUACACUCCUAGCUGAAAACGCUGCAUCAGUGGAUUCAUUGGUGCUAACUGCUCGUUGAUGCAAGAAACGCGGUAAGUCCUAAAACACACUUUGAACUUCUUUUUUCUCAAUAUCGUUCAAAUAGCAUUGUUAAUCCUUUGGGCUAAAAAUGUGGGGUUGCAGCACAUACGCUCUUCAUGUCGAUGAGAUUUGAAUUCAUGGUUUUCCAUUACGUUGGCUCUGAUACCAUGUCAAAGAACUAACACAAUGAAGAGAAUAAGCUGAUGGUUAAAACCCCAAUAUUUGCAUAUGUACUUUCAAUGAAAUGUGAAGGAUCCCGAGUUGGAUCUUCAAGCAUAGUUUUUCCUUCUAAAUCGACUUAUUUCCUAUUCAAGGUGAUCAUUUUGGAUGGUGGACAUAGCUAGUAAAAAAUGUGAAAUAAAAAGCUUUUUAUAAUAAAAAAUUCCAAAACUAAAUGCAAAAACAAAAUAUUUUCUAAAAUAAACAUCCUUCAACCGAACUUGAAGUACGGCAUUGCCCGCUGCUAGUAACAACAGACGAUUACUGAACUGAGUCCAAGUCUGCUCGACAAUCGCCUCCUAUUAGUAACAACGGUCGAUUGUUGAUCAAUUCAGUUUUCGCCCGCUGUUAGUAACAUCUGGCAAAGCCAUACCUUAGAUUCGGGUGAAAGACGCUUAUCUCAGAAAUUAUUUUGUUCCAAUGCUUAUUUUCAGAAUUUUUUUCAAUAAAAGCUUAAUUUUUUUCAUUCUUUCAAAAAAUUUUAUGCCAUGACAAUAGUUCGUUAUGAAAGUGGGAUCGGAAUCUAGAAGUUCUUUUCUGUGAUUAAUUUGUAAUGUAGAUCAUUCGUCUGUAGGUGCGUACACAGUCGCAAACAGAUCUAGAGCGAUUCAAGAAUACAUGGAAGAAAGCUGCAAAACACGAUAAGUCCUGGACCGAUCCAUUCAGCAACCUAUGAAGCAGAAUACCUGAUAAUUUUCGUGCCCUUGAUCGUGAUUGAAUUCUUCGUAAAUUUAAUGAUAUGAAGAUCACAAGCAUCAAUUUGCCAGAUAAAAUUUAAGCUACUGCUGGGAAAUUUUGCUUGAACAGAAUUAGUAUAUGGAGGAAUGUGUUUAGUCAUGCACAAAUACCUUGGGAUGAAUCCAACUUUUAUUUAUACAUUUACUGGUAAUUUUUGAUCCCAUUAGCUCUAAGAAGUGUAGCACAAAAAUUUUACUGCAUAAAUGCUAAUCAAAAUACUAUGCAAUAUGCAUAAGAUGCACUUAUUUAGUGCACCAAUAAAACUGAACUCUUAUUGAAAGGAUGGAAGUAAAAGUUCGCACGAUUUCCAAUACAAAUAUGAUAUCGAUUGUCACGAAGGAUGCCAAAUGAUGUAUAGACUAUAGUUGGCUGUUUAAAUUUGAUCUGUCUUCAUUUGUUUAUAAAUCAUCUAAUGAUCUUUUAGAUCGACUCUGUAGUUUGUUGAGUUGGCCCGCUUAUAUAUAUAUAUAU